UGUUGCUCCCUCGCACGCCACUCUCGUCACGAUGACCAUGGAUCCCGUCGACCAUGUCGCCAAGGUGGUUGCCGAGAUUGCCGGCUCGGAGGAGUCCCUAUCCAAGUUUGUGUUCCACAUCAGCGACUCGGAGCAUAGCACUAUCUCUGAGACCAAGCUAUUCGAGAUUGUCAAUUCCUUUGGCUGGCCCGUCCUCUUUGAAACUCGUGAAAAGUUCAAGUUCCUUCUCACCUCCAACCCAUCUGCUGCAAAGAACGCCCUGUUCCCGCUCAUGCACAUGAUGAUGGACAUGUCCAUCAAGAUCGACAACGCCAACACCCGCUCGAUCUACCCAACGCCCUGUCCCUCGACCGCGGCGCUCGCCAAGAAGUGUCUCAUUUAUCUCUACCAUGUCCACUUCUUGAACGAGCCCAAAGUCCCGUCGAGCGAGCUCAAGGACGAGGAGUAUCCCGAAGUCAGCAUCUUCACCCGCACCGGCCGCAACUGACAAAUCGUGUGUGCCUUGGCGUCGCCAUUGUUGUGUACGCUACCACUGGGUGCUGCUGCUUGCGAAGCCAGCAAUAUCAGCGACCUCCACGCAUGUGACACGUUCCAAGGUAUAAAUGGCAUCAAUAUAGUUCCUGUCAGCGUGAA